GGGCGCGCAUGCGCGCGGGGGAGGGGGGCGGUGGCCAUGGCGGCGGCGCGGCCGCCGCUGCGGGCCCUGUGUGUCCGGCGGGACCCCUGCCCCAUCCCACCCCCCGUCCUCGGCACCGGGCCGGGCCCAGCGGGAUCCUCCUCCCUUCCUCGAGAGCAGGCCCAGUUAAAGGCCAGCGUGAUUGAGGAGGAUACCGAAGAGUGGCAGAAAGAUUCAAGUUUUGCAGGACUGGAGAGAGUAGGAGGCGUGGACUUGUCUUACGUCAAAGGAGACGACACGAAUGCCUGCGCUUCCCUUGUGGUUCUCAGCUACCCAGAUCUUGAGGUGCUGUACGAGGACUGCCAGAUGGUUGCUGUGACAGCCCCGUACGUAGCAGGAUUCUUAGCCUUCCGAGAGGUCCCUUUCCUGGUGGAAGCAAUUCAGAGACUUCAGCAGAAAGAGCCCAGGCUCAAACCUCAGGUGCUGCUUGUAGAUGGGAAUGGCCUGCUCCAUCACAGAGGGUUUGGUGUGGCCUGCCACUUGGGGGUCCUGACAGACCUACCAUGCAUUGGAGUGGCCAAGAACCUCCUGCAAGUGGAUGGCUUGGCCCGGGAUGAGCUGCACAGAGAGCAGAUUCGUUCCCUGCAGAUGGAAGGAGACGCAUUCCCGCUGACUGGCACUUCAGGGAAAGUCCUGGGCAUGGUCCUGCGUAGCUACAACAACAGCUCUAAGCCCCUUUAUAUCUCUGUGGGCCAUAGGGUGUGCCUGGAGACAGCCGUGCAUCUAGUCAAGUCCUGCUGCAGGUACCGGAUCCCGGAGCCCAUCCGACAGCUUGCAGAAUUGUUAAGCAGUUGUGGAGCUGCAUUUCCAGCAGUGAGCAGGCAGAGCCUCCACCUGAGAGGUCUGACUGGGAGCCGGCAGGGAUGGGAAGAAGAUCAUGGGGAGCUUGUUGAGGCUGAUAUUAGAUCGAGGGAGUAUAUUCGGAAGCAGCUGUGUUCACCACUGGAGGUCAUAUCUUCUGGGCCAAAGAGACAAGAAAAGGAGACUGAGCCUGAUGAUUAAUCUGGUGCCAGAAGAAGCUGCGGGGCCUCUGUACACUGAAUCCUCUCCUCCACCAAGAGCGUGGGUCUGUAAAGUGCAGCCAAGUGCCAUGCCUGGGAAGCCCACUCCUGAGCCGUGCAGGGCUACAUCAGUCCGGAGGAUGCCAGCCGCUGUGUGGGGUUCUGGUGGGUAGGCAAACCAGCCUCUGUUCAAGGGUAGCGUCUAGAGCGUAUUGGUAUGGUUGAUUUUUAAACAAGCACUGUAAAAACAUGUCUUGUAAAUUUGUAAAUUUGCUACAAUUUACUUAAGUAUUUGGGCAAUUGCAAAUUAUGAAAAGAGGCUGGGGCACUUAACAUGGUUAUAAACCUUUGGCUCCCACCCUCUGUGACACAGAGACUUCCCUUCGUGUCAUUUUUGGAACUUCUUCCACCCAGUCCCUUCAGCCUGUGCUCUCACACUUGCUUUACACAUCUCCGGGGAACAGAAGCCCAGUAUGCAGCUCCGGCUGCUCCUGACAGACGGGCAGAGGACUCUGUGUUUCAGGUGGGCGUGUGAUUCACGAGGGAGGGGAUGGAGCCAACAGUCUGCUGCAUAUUUUGGAAGAGGCUUGGAUGUCUGAGCUCCAGUACCUGAGUAGCUUUCUGUCUCUUUGGUGUCAAUGGCUUCUGCCUGCCUGCUGCCUUUGUGCCAUGCAGCAGCUACCAGACCUUAGUAGCUGUGUGUAAGUCAUCAUUUGUGCUGGGCACAUGGUGCCCUGGUGUUGCUGGUCUUGGUGGGAACUUAUUCUGGAUUGCUGCUGAAGCAAAAUUCACAUACAAGGGCAUUAUGAUGCAUA